CCGCGCCGGAGCCCCCCUAGGGGCCGGGCCAAUCAUCUUCCUGGCAUCCCAGCCUUGGCCUCUGUUGGGGUGGGGGGGUCCUGUGGGCCGCAAUUUGGGGCCGACGCGCAUCCCUAUCAAGUGGUGGGGCUUCGGGGGGCUUCCGCGAGUGGGAGACACAGGGAGCUGGUUCCGGGUCGGGUCCUGGAAGAGGUCGUGGGGGGAGGGGGAGCUGCCUCCAUGGAGGCCCUCCUCCCCUCUGGGGACCCUGGCCCGUCCUGGCCAGCCCUGCCUCUGGCCGCUGUCGGGAGGGAGGGAGGGACUGGUCCUGUGUCCGGCCCGGGUUGCCCCAGAGGAAUGGCAGACCCAGCCUAAACUGUGGCCCCGCCUCCCUAUGCUGUGCCAGCCGGACUUGGAGCUCGGACACCUCGGUCCUGGGUCUCUGAUGGGGAGGGUCUGUACCACCGCGCCCAGACAGGAUGGAUGGAGACGGGUUCCUUCUGGCCUUGGGGGAGGGAACUGUGAUGAGAGGCACAAACAGACAGCGACCCCUUUUUUGGAUCAGUCAACAAAUUGAGGUCACACUAAUGGCCUCUCUUUCUAAUUGAGCUUCACUUGGAGGUGUUGUGGGGACAACCCUGUAGCUGAAUUGUGACAGGACCCAGGGGAAACCUCAGCCCCUUCCAGCCGAGCCUCUGCUUGAGCCCCGCCCCUGGUGUACUGGGUUUAAAAGAUGUCAAGGAGAACUUUGGUAUUGCAGGGGCCACUUUGUUGGCAUCCCUAACUGACAUCAUCAGCACCCACAGUGGUUAGAUCUCAAGGAGAACUCCCCCUCAGGGACAGGGACCAAAGGACUUGAGAAUGUGGCAAGGACAUGGGAAGUCUAAGAAAUAUUCCUGUCAUGUGACCUGAGGGAGGUGGCAAGAAUGACCUCCAUCAGUGUGGGCUUUUUCCUCCCUGUCCUCUCUUAUCUGUGCUCUGGGUUCUCUUGAAAGCCUCAGGGUUGGAGAAGAAAAGAGAAAGUUAGAGGGAGAAGUUCCUUUAGCAACUUGAAGAAAGAGGAUGGGCAAUGGAACUCUGCAGGAGAGGAAAGAAAAUGGAAGAAGAGUUGUUUCUGGGCCAGGUGGGGGAAAGGGUAACAUUUGUCAUCACAACUCCUUGUUCUCCUGUUUUCCCACAGUUCUGGUCAGCUGAAUGUGGAAAUAGAGGGAUUUCUGCUGCCAUUAUCUUCCAUGGGAUUUCCAGGUCACACAACCUACAAGUAGGGAGCCCAGAAAGAGAGAGGAACCCUGCAUGCCAAUUCUAAGCUCUUCAGGAUCAAAUGUCGUUCGUCCUGUCCAGAAUGGCAGCCUGUGGAGGCACCUGCAAGAACAAAGUGACUGUCUCCAAGCCUGUCUGGGACUUCCUGAGCAAGGAGACCCCAGCCCGGCUGGCUCGGCUACGGGAGGAGCACCGAGUGUCCAUCCUCAUAGAUGGCGAGACUUCUGACAUCUAUGUUCUCCAGCUUUCCCCACAGGGCCCUCCCCCGGCCCCUCCCAAUGGUCUCUACCUGGCCCGGAAGGCUCUCAAGGGGUUGCUGAAAGAGGCAGAGAAAGAGCUGAAGAAAGCUCAGAGGCAGGGGGAGCUCAUGGGCUGCCUGGCUUUGGGGGGUGGUGGGGAGCACCCAGAGCUGCACCGCCCAGGCCCACCCCCUCUUCGAGCAGCCCCACUCUUGCCUCCAGGGGCACGGGGGCUCCCCCCUCCUCCUCCUCCCUUGCCCCCUCCUCUUCCUCCCCGCCUCCGGGAGGAGGCAGAAGAGCAGGAGAGCACCUGCCCCAUCUGUCUCGGGGAGAUCCAGAAUGCCAAGACAUUGGAGAAGUGCCGGCACUCCUUCUGUGAGGGCUGCAUCACCCGGGCCCUGCAGGUGAAAAAGGCCUGCCCCAUGUGUGGCCGCUUCUAUGGGCAGCUGGUGGGCAACCAGCCCCAGAAUGGGCGGAUGCUGGUUUCCAAGGACGCCACCCUCCUACUGCCCAGCUAUGAGAAGUACGGCACCAUUGUCAUCCAGUACGUCUUCCCACCCGGUGUCCAGGGGGCUGAACAUCCAAACCCAGGAGUUCGGUAUCCUGGAACCACACGGGUGGCCUACCUCCCGGACUGCCCUGAGGGCAACAAGGUGCUGACCCUGUUCCGAAAGGCGUUUGACCAGCGUCUCACCUUCACUAUUGGCACGUCCAUGACCACAGGGAGACCGAAUGUCAUCACCUGGAACGACAUCCACCACAAGACCAGCUGCACAGGGGGACCCCAGCUGUUUGGGUACCCGGACCCCACCUACCUGACCCGGGUGCAAGAGGAACUGAGAGCCAAGGGUAUCACAGAUGACUGAAGGACAUCCCCCUUUGCCAAGGUCCUUGCCGUCCUCCGUCCUUCUCUACUAGGACCCAAUGGAAGCCUCUGUUCUCCUCUCUCCCCCAUGCCCCCCCACAUCACCCAAGUAGGGGACCUAUCUGAAUCUGAUUGGGGAGGGAGUUCACAGGGGAAGAGGACAGUCCCCGUCCCCGUUGGCCAAGUGCUUCAGUGCCCUGUGAGCCAUUCCCUUCUAGCAGAGGCUGGUCUCCAAGGCUCUGCUCUGGGCUCCCGUGUACAUACUCCCAGUUCCCCUGCCCCACCAUUGCUCUUGGCUUCUCCCGGUAUGUGCUGUGCUUCAGUGACUAAGCUGAGAAAGGACCUGGGUGGGGAGGAUCCGGUCUCUUGAACCCCAGCCCCCCACUAUACUGCUCCACUUUGGACUGAUGUGAGCCUCGCCCCCACGGAGCCAGCUGUGUGUCCAUAAGAAAAGUUCUCCUACCUUAACCUGUCCUUUCUCUCCUGUGUUUCUGUCUCUGUCAGUCUCUGUCUUUAUCUCGCUCUUCUCUGCCCCCUAUAAGGAGCCUCCUUACCCUGUUCUGGAAUCCACGCCAGACUGUAGCUUUUAAUUUAAUAAAAAUAAAGUAAAAUAUGCAACUCUUUAUGCCACACCCGUUUUGUUACUGG